UUUUUUUUUUUGAUUUUUUGUAUAUUUUUUUUUUUUAUAAAUAAUGUCUUUACAAUUAGAUUAUAAACGUUUUCAUAGAAGAGCCCGUUAUCUAAUAAACAAAUGGAAGAAUGAUGCAGAAUUAUUCCAAAAUGUGGAUGCUGUUGCUGUUAUUGUUGGUGAUGACGAUUAUGAGAAUCCAUAUCUUAAAUCCCUUACAAUUCAAACUUGGUUAUUAGGAAUGCCCAUUUAUCAAUUUUUAAUGGUCAUUACACCUGAUAAAAUUACUUUCCUUUGUAGUCACAAAAAGGCUGAUAUUAUUGAAACACUUAAACAAGGUGAUAAACAGGUUCCAAUUGAUAUCAUUCGUAGAGGAAAAAAUCUUGACGAAAAUGUUCCUUUAUAUGAAGCCAUUAUUAAACAAUUAAACAAUAAACGAGUCGGUGUUUUUGUAAAAGAUAAAUUUAAGGGCAAGAAUAUUGAUGAAUGGCAAAAGGCAUGUACUCAAUAUAAUAAAGAAUAUGAAGAAGUGGAUGUUUCAAUUGCUAUUUCUGCUUGUUUAGCUGAAAAGGAUGAAGAAGAAAUUAGAAAUGUCAGAACUGCGGCAAAAAUUAGUUCAAAUAUGAUGCAAUAUUUUUUUACUCCAGAAAUGUCUACUUACAUUGAUGAAGAAAAACCUAUAACAAAUGAAAAAUUAAGUGAAUUAACAGAAAAUGCUUUAGAAGAUCCUAAAUUGACAAAGCGUAUUCGUAUUCCACCAGAGGUUGAAAAUCAAGACGAAAUUGAUUGGUGCUAUUCACCUAUUGUUCAAAGUGGCGGGAAAUUUGAUUUAAGAUCAUCAGCAACAUCAAAUUCAGAUAAACUUUAUCCAGGUGCCAUUAUCUGUAGCUUAGGUAUUCGUUAUAAAUAUUACUGUUCCAACAUUAGUCGUACAUUUUUGAUCGAUCCUAGCAAGACGCAAGAAAAGAAUUAUGAGUUUUUAUUAGAGGUGCAGGAUCGUGUGUUGAGUAGUAUUCAUGAUGGCGUCAAGAUUCGUGAUAUCUAUCAAAAGGCAAUUGCUUUAAUUAAAUCAAAGCGUCCUGAUCUUGAAAAGAAUUUUAUUAAGAAUGUUGGUUUUGGUAUGGGUAUCGAGUUUCGUGAGGCAAACUAUGUGUUGAAUGGUAAAAAUACGCGUGAAUUGAAAAAUGGUAUGAUUCUUAAUGUUCAAGUUGGUUUCUCUGAUCUCGAAAAUCCCAAGGCAACUGAUGCUCGUGGUCAGACCUAUGCUCUCAUGUUGGUUGAUACUGUACGUGUCACACAGGAUUCAGCUAUCAUCUUGACCUCUGACUGCAGUAAGAAGCUCAAUAAGAUUUCUUAUUUCUUUGAUGAGGAGGAAGACGGGAAUAAGAAGGAGACAGGAGAUGCUAAGAAUAAGGCAGAUCCUGUUGCAUCAGGACCUGCUGCUGCUGUUAAACGAGAAUCAGUUGCAAAAUCAGCUAUCCUUCGUAGCAAACUUAGAAAUGAGGACCAAGACGAAGAAUCACGUGAACAAAAACGUCGAGAACAUCAAAAGCAAUUAUUUGCUCAGAAAUUGGCAGAAGGUCUUGCAAGAUUUUCUGAAUCAUCAGGUACAGGUGACGGUGAAGAGAAACCUAUGUUCCGUAAAUUUGAAAGUUAUCGUUCAGAUGCCAAAUUACCUCGUGAAGUUCGAGAUCUGAAGAUUGUAAUUGAUAAGAAGCAUGAUUCUAUCAUUUUACCUAUUUAUGGUAUGGCUGUUCCUUUCCACAUCUCUACACUUAAGAAUGCUAGUAAGAGUGAUGAAGGUGAUUAUGUGAUGCUCCGUUUAAAUUUCUUAAGUCCUGGUCAGGCAGGUGGUAAAAGAGAGGGUAUGCCCUUUGAGGAUGCAAAUGCUACCUUUGUUCGUGCGUUAACCUUCCGAAGUGCUGAUACGUAUCGUAUGAAUGAAAUCUUUAGAGGUAUUACAGAAAUGAAGAAGGAGGCGACCAAGAAGGAAGCUGAACGUCGUGAAAUGGCUGAUGUAGUUGAACAAGAUAAUCUUAUUAUGGUGAAGGGCCGUCGUCCCCUUCGUUUACCUGAUGUCAUGGUACGUCCUCAAAAUGAAUCCAGACGUCUCCCCGGUGAACUUGAGAUACAUCAAAACGGUAUUCGUUACCAAUCCAUUCGUUCUGAUUCCUCCUUUAAUAUCUUGUUUAGUAACAUUAAACACCUCUUUUUCCAACCUUGUGAUAAUGAACUCUUAGUCUUGAUUCACAUUCAUUUCAAGAAUCCUAUCUUGAUUGGUAAAAAGAAGACGAAAGAUAUUCAAUUUUAUCGUGAGGCAUCUGAUAUUCAAUUUGACGAGACGGGUAAUAAGAGACGUAGAUAUCUUCAUGGCGAUGACGAUGAAUUAGAAUCUGAACAAGAAGAACGCCGUCGUCGUGCAAAUCUGAAUAAAGAAUUCAAAUCAUUUGCAGAAAAGAUUGCAGAAGCAAGUGAUGGACGUGUUGAAUUAGAUAUUCCCUUUAGGGAACUUGGCUUCCAAGGUGUACCUAAUCGAUCCAACGUUUUAUUACAGCCUACCACAGAUUGCUUAGUGCACUUAUCUGAUCCACCUUUCCUUGUCAUUUCUUUAAAUGAAGUUGAGUUAGCACAUCUUGAACGUGUUCAAUUUGGAUUAAAGAACUUUGAUAUGGUGUUUAUAUUUAAAGAUUAUAAUCGAACUCCUGUACACAUUAAUACAAUUCCGAUGUCACAAUUAGAUAAUGUAAAGGAUUGGCUCGAUUCUGUUGAAGUUGCCUUUACUGAAGGACCAGUCAAUUUGAAUUGGAGUAUGAUCAUGAAGACUGUGAACGAUGAUCCUGGAGAAUUUUAUCGUAAUGGAGGUUGGAAUUUCCUUGGUACAGGAAGUGAUGAAGAAGGAUCAGAUGCGGGAUCCGAAUCUGGUAGUGAAUUUGAAUUAAGUGAAGAUGAUUUUGAAGAAAGCUCUUCUGAAGAUGAUGAAAGUGAAGCCUAUUCUGAAGCUUCUGAAGAAUCAGAGGAAGAAGAAGAAUUAUCAGAUUCUGGUGAAGAUUGGGAUGAGUUAGAAGAAAAUGCUCGAAGAGCCGAUGAGCGUAAAGCAAAAAGAAGCCACGAUUUUGAUGAAGCGCCUAGCAGAAAGAAGAGUAGACGUUAAGAUGAGAUUAUCAUUUAAUAUAAGAUAAAAUAUAUUUUGUACAAAUCAAAAAAUACACGUUUAAAAACGUAUAUUUUAUACUCAAUUCACAUUUAUAAUAUAUUCUACGUACAUAUGCAAAUAAAUAAUAAUUAUACAAAAAAAAAGACGAAUAUCACCAUUUUUACUGUAAGGCUGGUAAAUAUUG